UCGUCACUUACUUAAAGAUUCCGACUUCGCUUUGAGACAGCAUUCUUUCCUUUGCAUUUAUAAUGAGUUCUUAUGUAUUCAGAGACACUCUAAUAUCGUCAUGAGAUCAAUUCCGACUCGUCCUCCGAUCAUUCGGAUUGCCAAUGGCACGUUCUAUCGCCAUCAUCCAAAUUCAGCAUCAUCACGUCCAAACCCACCUCUCUUUAGUGACUUGAGCUUCGAGUUGGCUUCUACAUCGAACUCACCUCGAAACUGGUGUAUUAUAGGCCCAUCUCUGUCUGGCAAAACAACGCUUCUUCAGGCUUUGAGGGGUAGGUUCCUCUGCGAACCACCUAUUGCGAGAUCAUAUCCCUACCUUUCUACUGAGGAAGUACCCAAGCGGUUACGAACGCCGCAAAAGGCAAUUGAGUAUGUGGGUUUUGAUGCUGAGCAGACUGGAGGAGGGCUGGGUGGUGGUGUUGCAACGAGUGCAUAUCUCUCAGCGCGAUAUGAGUCGCGACGGGAGAUUACGGACUUCUCACUAAGGGAUUUCCUCAUGGGCAACACAGAGCUUAAUCCCAUGCAGACGGAACCCAGCCAGGAUGAGGCUACUAUCUCGCCGGAUCUUCUUUCUCGAGUCGUCAAGGACCUGAAGCUUGAGCCCCUGCUAGAUCUCCCUGUCUCGUUUCUUAGUAACGGGCAAGGUCGAAGGGCACGUAUCGCUCGUGCACUUCUCACCAAGCCUGAAGUUCUCUUACUUGAUGAGCCUUUCAUGGGGUUGGACCCGCCUACAGUCUCAGGUUUAAGCCCAUUACUACACUCGCUGGCUGAGAAAGCAAGCCCGCGUCUUGUUCUUAGUGCACGACCACAGGAUCCUGUCCCUGACUGGAUCACUCACCUCGUGUAUCUAAGAACAGACUGCCAAGUGGGAUCCAUGGGGCCUAAGGAGGAAGUUCUUGACGGUCUUAAGAAGUACGUCCGUGGAGUCCGAAAGGGUGGACUUACAGAAGAUGAGAAGCUACCACUACAUUCACUUGUUGAUAUCGGUCGUGUACUACCAUCGAGUGCUUCUACAGAAGCCUCCGGUAAUCUAGGGGAAGCAUCAUAUAAGGAGCUUGAGCCAAUAAAUCCCAAAGCAGAGCCCCUCGUUGAGAUGGAUGGCUGCAAAGUUCAGUAUCGUGGGAAGAUCGCACUGGGUAACUGGACACAGCAAACCACUGACGGUUCUAAAGACGGUUUGAUAUGGACAGUUCGACGUGGUGAGCGUUGGGGAGUUUUUGGCCCUAAUGGUUCAGGGAAAACAACCAUAGUAUCUUUGCUCUGCUCGGAUCAUCCUCAGUCUUACUCUCUCCCCAUCAAGCUAUUCGGGCGAUCUCGUCUUCCAAAACCUGGUACAGGCCAGCGGCCACUUACAUUCUGGGACAUCCAGUCCAGGAUUGGACACUCGAGCCCUGAAGUUCAUCAGCACAUGCCUCGGAACUUGACGGUGCGCCAAGUGAUUGAGAAUGCUUGGUCAGAAACAUUUCGAGCGAGACCGAAGCUAGACAGUGAAGCCAAAGAGAAGGUUGAGGCGGCUCUUCGCUGGUUUGCUCCUGAACUACAUCCAAGCUAUUCUUCAGCAUCGCACGAGAACCUCUCCUGGGCGGAUGAUCACAUGUUUGGUGGUCUGUCUUUCAGCGCACAACGUGUUGCGCUCUUCGUUAGAUCCAUGAUUAAGAGCCCGGAUGUUGUGGUUCUUGAUGAAGCUUUUAGCGGCAUGGAUGACGCAGUACGAGACAAGUGCACGCUGUUCCUUGAACAAGGUGAGGUCAAAACAUAUCGAGGUGAAGAGAUCAUCGAGAGUGACGCCUCCAAGUCUGGUCAGGUCAAGAUCCCAGGUCUUUCUGACCAGCAAGCACUGAUCUGUAUUGCUCAUGUCAAGGAGGAGGUGCCAGACUGUGUAAGAGAGUGGCUGUGUCUUCCUGAGGCCAACACGGGACGGGCAGCAAGAUUUGGACGACUUGAAGGUCCAUUGAGGACUGACGAGAAUAGAUGGCAUGAGGUAUGGGGUUUCUAGAGGAAGACAGUGGUUUACAUGAUAUAUGCUAUAUCCAUGGGUUACACGGCGUGUCCAAGGAGAUGUGAGGCUGUUUGAUUUUUACAAUCUGGUUGAAAAUAGACAAACCAGUGAUAGCAAGGAUGAUUAAAAGCAUCUGUUAUAGACUCGAGAUGAAUUCAAAUGUUAAAGACAUUCCAACG